AUGUUCCCCUUCGUCGUCGACCACCGCCAUACCCUCGAGCCCUCCCUCCAAAUCUACCGUGCCAGCCGCUCCGCCUUCAAAGCAGCCAGCCGCGGCCAGCGUCCCCGCGACAACGAGGCACCCCCAGCGUACACGCCCACCGCCACGUACCAACCCACCCGCAAGCCCACCUCAGCCUCAACGGCCACCUUCUCCUCCUCCACCAGCACUUCCUCCUCCAUCUCCUCCGGCAGCAGCACCACCUCCAAACGCUCCCGCCUCGCGCGCCUCAACCCCUUCCACCACCUCCGACACCACAAGUCCUCCUCAUCCUCUCCCAUCUCCAGCCCCCCAACCUCCACCCCAAGCCUCACACCAACCAGCACCUCCACCAGCACCUCCCCCUCACCCGCCACUUUCACCACUGCACCACGCCACCGCCGCCCGCAGAACCACCAGCAAAACCGCGUCCGCUUCGCCGACCAGCAGUACGACAGCGACGCCUCCAGCAUCUACAGCACCGACUUCCCACCUGAGGAGCAGGAGCAUCGAUCCAGAGGCCAAAGGCAAGGCACAAAGUCGACACCCAGCGCCGCCAUGAUGCCCUACACGCGCGGCGUCGACGAGAACAGUACGUACCCCGCCUUCUUGUACAUUUUCUGA